AUGGUCCAGCGUUCUACCAGGAGCCGCAACAGGCAGCUGCGGAAACGGCUGUCUGCCAUAGAGAACAAGCUGCACCAGUACGGCGAGCUCGGGGCAGAGGUGGCGCUAGUGAUCCGCUUUCCCAGCAAGGAGUCUGGCUACUCUUACGUGACCUCAGGAGACUUUCUGGAGCGCAUCUACGAUAUUCGGUCGCACGUCAAGACCACGAACAGAUCAGCAGAAGAUGUAAGGGCUCGCAAUUCAGCAAAGGCCGUUGAGCCCGCCAGAACUGCGUCGGAGAUGACGCCUGACCCGGAGGCAGACGCAGCAGGCACACCGCAAAGAGAAGAUGGGGCGCAGUCGGCUCGCAGAGAUCGCUUCUUUCCAGAACCGCCCCUCUUCGACCUUGCGCUGUGUCGGAUGGUACAGGAGAACUGA